AUGUUGUUUAAAACUCCAUUUACAGUUGUACAUUUAGUUUUAAUUAUUAUUUUUAAUGCAGAUUCUGUAAGAGCAAGGGGAGGCGGAGAAGAGGCACCACCAAGAAGAGAUUAUAGACCAACAAAGUGGCUUACGAAUAGUGCUAUGGAUAUUUGGUACGGAAACAAAACCUUCAUUGACAUUAUGUGGCGAGAGUUCUCCGAUUUCAUGUCCAAAAUAACUGAAAGAGAAGAUCGAUCAAUAACACUAGAAACAUUUGAGUCAAAUGAGAUUCACGAGAACACGACACAGCUGUUCAAUGACGAAAUUGUCAGAGUAGAUGUAAGGCUUAAAUCGAAUUCUACACGAUUACCCAUAGGAGAUGGUCACGAAGAAGUGCAACCUCGUAGAGAUUAUAGACCUACAAAAUGGAUUACCAACAGUGCUAUGGAUAUUUGGUAUGGAAACAGAACCUUUAUUGACAUUGUAUGGCGAGAAUUCUCUGAUUUUAUGUUUAAAAUAACAGAGAGAGCAGAUCGUUCAAUAACACUUGGAGAAUAUAGAUCAAAUGAGAUUCAGGAAAACAGAACAGGAACAAAUCUGUUAAGUGAUGACAUUGUCAGAGUAGACAAUAUUGAUGGAGUACAUUUAAAAGAAAAAGUAGUGGAAAAGAAAGAUUAUACACCUUCAAAAUGGGUUGCAAAAAGUGCUAUGGAUGUGUGGUAUGGGAAUCGCAGUAUGAUAGAGGUUAUAUCAAAUGAGUUAGCUGACCUUAUGUAUAAAUUAACAGCUCGACCAGUCCGAUCAACGCAUAUGGAUGAUAUCGAGUUGCACAUGACGGAAGGUCGUAGAGAAACAGAUCUUCAAGAUAUUAGAAUGGAAGUAAGAUUUCGUAAUCAAAAGAAUGAAACAUUACACACAGUUACAUUUUAA